UACAAGAGAAGAAAUAUAAUAGAGGAGUAGACUGGUGGGCAUUAGGGAUCAUCGUAUCUAAAAUGGCAUGUGGGACCUCACCAUUCAUAGAGUACGGCAACAGUACAGAAUGCCGUUUGUCGAUUCUUCUUGAACAGCCAUGCAUUCUGAUAAGGUUCAGCCCCGAAUUGCAAGAUCUCCUGCGAAUGCUCCUGAAGAAAAAUCCAAAAGAACGACUGGGCUGCAAUGGAAAUAUUCGGGAGCACCCAUUUUUUAAUGCCAUUGAUUGGGUGCAAAUAGAAAACCGGACUCUACCACCUCCUUCCCAGCCAAAAGCAUUGUCACCUGUGGAUUUUAAGAAGACAUGUGAGGAGCCACCAUCAUUCUUGGAGUCCCUGAAACAUACUAUCACAUCAGGUGAUCAGGUAUCUCUUCAAGAUAUGGCAUGUCUGGAUUAAAUUUCACAGGUUCCAGCCAUUUCUAGACCUUUUGGCACUGAUGGUGAUCUUAUACCCUACCAUCGUCCCCAUGCCACGACAAACAUCAGGCCCCAUUAUCAAUUCCAUGACUUCCAGUCUUCUCUC